AUGUCGUGUGAUCCACAUUACCGAGCCAUCUGGCCCGAGGUCGGUUCCAUUGAUCGCGUCGGUUGCUCGGCUUUAAAACGAGAGAGAACUUUGCGAGUGCCCCCCCUGAAAGUCCUUAAAUCUGUUGCACGUUUGAUCAAACGCGACAUUGUGAACGGAAACAAGAUGGCGUCCUGUCCUAACAUCUUUCUUUUCUUUGCUCUUUGGAUGGUGCAGAUGACCAUAACUCGUCAAUCGGUGAUGCUUACUGUCAUCGACUGUGGAUCCGAAGUACAAGUGAUGUCUCAUUCGUUUCUUCCGAGCCACCCGGUGUCUGACUUUGGACUGACCGUGGAAGUGAAGUUUAUUCCAAGUACGAUAGCGGAAUCUGGAGACCAAUGCAAAAGAAACAAAUCGAUUUUAGAGAACUCAAUAGCAGCAGUGUCGGGCAAGGGCGUGUUUACAUCCCUGACCAAUCGAGAGAACGUGGAAUUCGUUGACAAUGACGGCUGCAAGUCGUCCGGUCUGAAGUGUCCUCUGCAGGCGGGAAAAGUGGCAUCGUACAAGAAGUUUCUGCCGAUCCCAUCGGUAAACGUUCAUUCGGUAAUUUUCACCUCGUGUCUGUAA